UUCUAUAAAUACCAUCUCCCGUCGCAUUGCUUAGCACCCCAGAUCCUCUUCAAGAACUACACAUUUCUUCAAACCCUUUGUUCCUGAAGAGAACUUUUGUUUAUUCCCAAACACCAACCAAGGCAUCAUGGCCCCUCUCACUUGUGAUUAUGAGGUCCCCUGCUCAAUCCCUCCUGCAAGGUUGUUCAAGGCCUUCUUCCUUGAUGACCACCUCAUUACCAAGAUGCUGCCACAGGCCAUUAAAAGCGUGGAAAUCGUUGAAGGAGAUGGAGGAGUGGGAUCCAUCAAGUUGAUCACUUUUGGUGAAGGUAGUCAUUAUAAGGGUUUAAAACAAAGAGUCGAUGGAAUUGACAAAGACAACUUCACCUUCAGCCAUACUAUUCUUGAAAGUGGUGCCUUCAGUGAUAAGAUUGAAAAAGUAGCUAACGUGAUUAAAAUCGAAGCUUCAGCUGAUGGAGGGUCAAUCUGUAAGACCACCAGCACAUGCCACCUCAAGGGCAAUACCGAAGAACAAAUUGAGGGAGCAAAACAGGAAAUUAAGGCAGCAAAAGAAACGUCCUCAGCCAUGUUCAAGGCUGUGGAAGCCUACCUCAUCGCAAAUCCUGAUGUAUACAACUGAUCAAUGCUGCUUCAUAUAUGUCCACAUACUUGUUGGAUGAUUGAAAUAAACAUAUUGAGGAUCUGUUUUCUUUGGUAGCUCUUUUCCUGAGCUUCAAUUGUUGGGUAAUGCGAUUUUAAUGUAUCAUCAAAGUGUGUUUUGCUUGUAAUAUUUUACCGGUCAUCAAUAAUAAAUCUUGUUUGAAGCUUUGAUUUA